AUGGCCGCCCAAGAACACAAAGCCGAGGCUUCAGCCUCAGCCCAGCCUUCCUCUUCAUCUACCCCCGCCCCGGCCGCGGUCGACAAGAAGGCCAGCUCUGCUCAAUCCGCCAAGCUUCUCAAGAACUCCCGUCUCCCCGCUACCAUGAUCACGGCUGCAGGCUCUAUUCAAGCUUCUCAAAAGAACAAAGCCAACAAGGGCCAGAUGUCGAAGAAGAAGAAGGCCAGGACGGAGAAGGGCAAGGACAGAGCAGCGGAGCUUAGUUCAAGGUUGGAAGAGAAAGUAAGGGGAAGAGAGGAUAGGAAGGCUAAGAGACAAAGGGCGAAGAAGGCUUGGGAAUGA